GCGCGAGAGUCAAAAGGCGGCGGCCGCCUCUGGUUAAGAUGGCCGCCGUGGAGGCGUCGUUGUGGGGGAACUUCGAGCCGGGACGGCGACAUCUGGACUGAGUCGGAGGCUAAGGUCUCAGCGUCCCUCCAGUCGUUUGUGAGCUUACUCCGUGGUCAGAGUCUCGAGAUAAUCUGCGUUGUAAUCUGUGAAUAGUGACCAGCAGCAGCAGUGUUUUCGGGGCUUGGCGCUUCCCUUGGACCCCGCAGUUGCAUCAGCCAGGUUUUGGUUGUUUUUAGGAAGUCGGAAGAAGCGCCCAAGCUUUCGUGUGGGACAGGUUUUCAUUCUGUACCAGUCCUUCUCCUGGGAUGGAACAUGGCAUAAAACCUGAGUCAUCGUUAGCAUUUAAAUGUAAUUGAAGCCUGCUUGGGAAAAAAAUCUCAAGGUAUGGACGAGAAGGGUGACCCGAGUGGUGAGGACACACCCAAGGCCAUCAAGCCCACCAGCAAAGAGUUCAGGAAGACGUGGGGGUUCCGGAGGACCACUAUUGCCAAGCGCGAGGGCGCCGGGGAUGCGGAGGUGGAUGCCCUGGAGCCGCUGCCCCGGCAGCAGCAGAGCCCGUCGCUGCGUCGCAGCGGAAGGCAGCCGAAGCGGACCGAGCGGGUGGAGGAGUUCCUGACCACGGUACGGCGCCGGGGCCGGAGGGGCACCCCCGUGUCCCUAGAGGACUCGGCGGAGCCGGUGUCCUGUCCAGCGACAGAUGGGGAGAGCGCCUCCGAGGGGAGCGUGGAGAGCACCUCGGACGGGAAGAGCGGUCCCAGGUCCGGCUCCACGGGUGCUAAGGAACGAACGGCCUCCUUGGCAAAGGCCAGAGGGGGUGGCGACGAGGAUGACACCUCCGAUAGCGACAGUGACGGGUUGACUUUGAAAGAACUCCAGAAUCGCCUGCGGAGAAAGCGCGAGCAGGAGCCCACCGACAGGCCCCCAAAGGGCAUCCAGAACCGCCUGAGGAAGAAGCAUCGGGAGGAGGACCCAGUGGAGACCAUGGACGUUGAGGCAGGCGAUGCAAUGGAGGGCUCGCUGCCCGUCCCGCAGGAGCCGGAGGCCGACCUGGGGGCUGCGUCCCAGGCGGCAAAAAUGGACAGAGAGAGCCAGCUGGAAGGGAGGGCGGCCCCAGGGGGUAAUGCAGAGGAACCCGGAGACGCAGUCCGACACAAGCCUGAAUGUGAGGUGUACGACCCCAAUGCCCUGUACUGCCUGUGCCGCCAGCCUCACAACAACAGGUUUAUGAUUUGCUGUGACCGAUGUGAAGAAUGGUUUCAUGGCGACUGUGUGGGCAUUUCGGAGGCUCGAGGGAGGCUCUUGGAAAGGAACGGGGAGGAUUACAUCUGCCCAAACUGCACCAUCCUGCAAGUGCAGGACGAGCCCAGCUCCGAGACCACAGGCACGCAGGACUCGAGGUCGAGACCUGCGGAUGCUGACGGCACGGAUUGUACAAGUAUAGGAACCGUGGAGCAGAAAUCGAGUGAAGACCAAGGAAUUAAGGGUAGAAUUGAGAAAGCUGCAAACCCAAGUGGCAAGAAAAAACUCAAGAUAUUCCAGCCUGUCGUGGAGGCGCCUGGUGCCGCCAGAUGCAUCGGCCCCGGGUGCUCGAGUGUGGCGCAGCCCGACUCUGUCUACUGCAGCAGCGACUGUAUCCUGAAACACGCCGCGGCCACCAUGCGCUUCCUGAGCGCAGGCAAAGAGCAGAAACCAAAACCUAAAGAGAAACCCAAGACAAAGCCGGAAAAAAUCAUUCUUCAGAAAUGUAGCGUUCAGGCAGGCAUUAAAAUCUCUUCUGUGCACAAGAGACUGGCUCCAGACAAGAAGGAGAACACAGUGAAGAAGGUGGCGGUGGUCCCUCCAAGGAGUGAGGUCCUCGCUAAGGAGCCGACCUGUGAGAGCAGCACGCCAUCCUGGGCCAGCGACCACAAUUACAAUGCAGUAAAGCCAGAAAAGACUGCUGCCCCCUGGCCGCCACUGUUGUAUAAAUCCGUGAAGGAGGACAGACGCGCAGAGGCCAAGGCGGCGGUGGCGGCGGUGCCGAAGAAGGUGGCUCCUCCAGGCUCCUCGGGGGGCGGCAAGCAGCCCUCGCCCAGAAAUCUCCUUCCAAAGAAGUCCCCUCCUUUCGCAAACACGGCAGCAGCCAAAUCGGCCAUCAAAAAGUCGCCACCGGGUUUCAAGGGCACCAUCCCCAAGAGGCCGUGGCUCUCGGCUGCCCCCUCCCCCUCGGGCAGCGCUCCCUCGGCCAAGCAGGCAAGGCUGGCACCUGUUGCUGCCACGUCUGCUUCCAGAAAGUUCCCCGGCUCCGCUGCUUCGGUGGGCGCUGUCAGGAAGCCUGGGACCACCUCAGUUCCCCUGGCCUCUCCAGCCCCGGGACGCCUGGGCCCCGUGAGCCCCGCCUCGUCACAGCCAAAUUCUCAAAUUCGGCAAAACAUAAGACGCUCCUUGAAGGAGAUCUUGUGGAAAAGAGUCACUGACAGCGAUGACUUAAUCAUGACAGAAAAUGAAGUAGGAAAAAUUGCACUGCAUAUCGAGAAGGAGAUGUUUAACUUGUUCCGAGUCACAGACAAUCGGUACAAGAGCAAGUACCGCAGCCUCAUGUUCAACCUCAAGGACCCCAAAAACCAGGGGCUCUUCCAUCGUGUUCUGCGUGAAGAAAUCUCUUUGGCAAAACUUGUGAGAAUGAAGCCAGAAGAACUUGUUUCCAAAGAGCUUUCCAUGUGGAAAGAGAGAUCGUCAAAGCCUGUGAUGGAGUCCAGAACUAAAUUGCAUAAUGAGACUAAGAAGCCUACCGUUAAACAGGAAACUAUUCCCGAUAUGGAAGAUUCUCCGCCAGUAUCAGAUUCUGAUGAACAGCAAGAAUCAGUGCGGGCGGCCCCCGAGAGGAGUGCGGCGCCGCUGCUGGACCUUGUCGGCAGCAUGCUGCAGGACACGACCGGGCAGCACCGGGCGCACCUCUUUGACCUGAACUGUAAGAUCUGCACAGGUCAGGUUCCAUCGUCGGAAGGUGAGCCAGCUCCGCAAAAACAAAAGUGGUCAACUUCUGCCAGGAAGGAGGACUCAAAGCCCAAGCAUGACAGGUCUGCCUCUGAGCCCGCUCUCAGCUCAGCCGAUGAUGCGGCACCAGAAACUCUGCCCGAAAACGCCUCGGAGCCAGACCUGGAAAGCGCUGCUCGCGCCCAUUUGGAGGGAAAGUCCCUCCCGGUGCCUCCAGAGGACGGCCGCCCCGAGCCCUCCGCCCUGGAAGGCGCCCCCUGCCCGGCCCCUGGUGGCGGCGGAGUGCUCACCACAGUCACGGUGUCCGGCCGAGACCCCAGGACUGCACCAGGCGGGCCGAGCACGGGCACGGCUCCCUCGGCAGCCCGCCCAGACAACGCCCACCCAGCGGAGCCCCGACAGGACGUCCCGAAGCCUGUGCCGACCUCCGUGACGGUGCCCAAGUCCAUCCUGGCCAAGCCGUCCACGUCGCCCGAGCCCAGAUACCUCCUGUCGGUCCCGCCGUCGCCAGGCGUCAGCAUCUCGGAGUCCCGGUCCCCUCCAGAAGGAGAUACCACCCUCUUUUUGUCUCGACUCAGCACCAUUUGGAAAGGAUUUAUUAACAUGCAGAGCGUAGCGAAGUUUGUCACUAAGGCGUAUCCUGUCUCUGGCUGUUUUGAUUACCUCAGUGAGGACCUGCCCGACACGAUUCACAUCGGCGGAAGGAUUGCCCCAAAGACAGUCUGGGAUUACGUCGGCAAACUCAGAUCUUCAGUGUCUAAGGAGCUGUGUCUGAUCCGCUUCCACCCCGCGACGGAGGAGGAGGAGGUGGCCUACAUCUCUCUGUACUCCUAUUUCAGCAGCCGCGGCCGCUUCGGCGUCGUGGCAAACAACAGCAGGCACGUCAAGGACCUCUACCUGAUCCCGCUGAGCGCUGCGGACCCCGUCCCCUCCAAACUCCUGCCCUUUGAGGGACCAGGUCUUGAGUCACCGCGUCCAAACAUAAUCCUGGGGUUAGUAAUCUGUCAAAAAAUAAAGCGUCCUUCAAAUGCUGGCGAAUUAGACAAGACAGAGGAGAAGCGGCCCCGUCUUCAGACACAAGAAGAAAUGGAUCCCGUCCACCCCAGAGUGCCAGCAGCCCUGCUCCCUGAGAAGAAGCCCCCCAAGUACCCGCUGUGCCCAGGGGACGCGGCUGUCAGCACCACACCCCCGGGGUCUCCCCCACCCCCACCCCCUCCUCCAGAAGCACCAGGUGCGCCGGCCUCGUCUUCCGUGUUACAGAUACUGACGUCGCUCAAACCGGGAGCCACGAACACUGUCACAGCCUCACCCGCGUCAGUGACCGUUGCGGUGGCCGCUUCCUCUGUCACUUCCUCUUCUUCAAAAACAGCUUCGCCCCUAGAACACAUCCUGCAGACUCUCUUUGGGAAGAAGAAGGCGUUUGACCCCCCCACCAAAGAGCCUGCCGAGUCGGCCCCAGCCCCCCACCAGGACUCGAGAGCCAAAGCCGGCGGCGGGCUGCCGGCGGCGCCUCUGCUGGACCCAAUCGUCCAGCAGUUUGGCCAGUUCUCAAAGGACAAAGCUCUGGAGGAGGAGGAGGACGACAGGCCGUACGACCCCGAGGAGGAGUACGGUCCUGAGAGAGCCUUCGACACGCAGCUCGGAGACCGCGGGAGACGCCCGGACGCGGAGAAGGCCGCGGGGGCGGCCGAGCGGGAGGAGGUGGCCUACGACCCGGAGGACGAGACGAUCCUCGAAGAAGCCAAAGUGACCGUGGACGACCUGCCCACUAGGAUGUGCGGGGACGCGCGCGGCGGGCCCGGCCCGGCGGCCCCGUCGCUGGCUGAGCAGCAGCAGAUGCUGGAGGAGCUCAACAGGCAGAUCGAAGAGCAGAGGCGGCAAGUGGCGGAGCAGGAGGCGGCGCUCCGGCAGCAGAGGGCGGCCGUCGGCGCCUCCACGGCCCGCUUCUCCGUGUCGGACGCGCUCCUGUCGCCGCCGCCGGAGCCGCAGGCCGCGCCCCCCGCCGACAGCCAGGCCCCGGGCCCGAGCGCCGAGGCGCGGCUGAGCCGGGACCCCCGGCAGGCCCGGCGGCUGGCCGCGGAGAGCAACGAGGGCGAGGCUGCCCCGAGGCCCCCGCCGGCCAGAGAGGCACCCGGAGGGGCCGCCGCCGGCCCAGGGCCGCUCCCGGCCCAGGAGGAACCGGAGUCGGCCCCUCCACCGUGGGCUCCGGGCGAAGAGGCCCCACUGCCGGCCAAGCAGGACGGCCCCCUGCGCGAGCCCGCGGAGAGCCCGGGGCCCGAGAGCGCGGCCGGCGGGGACGGCGCAGCCAGGCCUGCCCGGAAGGUGCUGCUGCCCACGCCGCCGGGCGCCUCCUUGCAGCCUCUCUUCCCUUCGCAGCACGAGGGCCAGACCUUCCACCCUCCCGGAGGAAGGGAUCCUUUCUCGGGUCCAGUGUACGCCUCUCAGGAAAAGCCUCUGGGCUCUUGCCCGUACGAGGAUCCGAGACAUGCUCAGUUUCCCGAAAAAAGUGACUCCCUGGCAGCUGAGACUGAAGGAGACAGAGAGCCACAGCCCAGGCCAGGCGAGGGGGCUGGCACGUUCCCUGCCGCAGCACAGAAAGGGGGGCCUCCGCCCCAGUUCCAAGGCCAGCGGGAGCCUGCACCGCGCGCUUUCGGGAUGUCGGGCCUUCACGGCCCCAAUUUCACAGGCCCACGGGGGCCAGUCCCUCCGUUCUCGGAAGAGAAUUCUAAUAACGAUGGGCCGAGAGGGGGGCCUCCACCAGCCAGAUUCGGGCCCCAAAAGGGGCCCAUCCCUUCCUUGUUCUCGGGGCCACACGGGCCACCUCCCUACGGGGAUGGGAGGGGCCCGUCCCCCUCCCACCUGGGUGGGCCCAGGGGAGCAGGGCCGCCUCCGUUUGAAGACCGCAAGGACCCCCACGGGGAGAAGAGGGAGUUCCCGGAGGCCCCGUACGGUGAGGCCUCGGGCCCCCCUGGCCAGUGCGAGGGGCCCGAGCAGGGCCCGUUCCUGGGAAACAGGGGUGCCGCGCCUUUCCAGUUCGGGGGCCAGAGGAGGCCUCUGCUGUCGCAGUUUAAAGGACCCCGAGGUGGCCCUCCUCCCUCUCAGUUUGGAGGUCAGAGAGGGCCCCCCGCCGGCCACUUUGUGGGCCCGAGGGGGCCGCACCCUGGGCAGUUUGAAGGCCCCAGGGGCCAAGCUCCUGGAUUCGUGCCGGGACCCAGGGGGAUGCAGCCUCAGCAGUUCGAAGAGCAGAGGGUCCACUCGCCGCCCAGAUUCACCGGCCAAAGGGCACCGGCGCCCUUGCCCUUUGGGGGGCCCCGGGGGGCCGCUCCCUUCCCCGAGAAGAGCGAGUCGGCGCCUCCACGCUUCCACUUCCAGGGUCCGGCCGCCCCCGGACCCAAGCCGGCGCCCCGGCCGCUGCUGGAGCUGCCCAGCCACCCGCCCGGGCCACCCGCUGCGCCGGCCCCAGGCCCCGAGGCCGAAUUCCGCGAGGGCAGGGGCCACGAGUACAGAGGCCCAGGCUUCGAGGGGCGGCCCCGGGACAAGGCCCCGGAGGAGCCCGAGGCCCCGCCGCCCGACAGCCGCCCGGGCCGGGCCCUCGAGGACCGGCGGCGUGAGCGGGAGCGUGGCAAGCCCUGGGAGCGGGAACGCGGCCGGACCUGGAGCCGCGAGCGGGACUGGGACCGAGGCCGCGAGUGGGACCGACACCGCGACAAGGACGCUGGCCGCGAGUGGGACCGGGGCCGCGAGCGGAACGCGGGCAGAGACAAGGGGCGCGAGUGGGACCGGGCCCGAGAGCGGAGCCGCAACCGCGACCGCGACCGCAGACGUGACCGGGAGAGGUCCCGCAGCAGGGACCGCGACCGCGACAAGGCCCGCGAGCGGGAGCGCCGCAGGGACCGCAGUCGGAGCCCGGAGCGACCCCGGGACCCCAAGGCCGAGGCCCCGCGGGCCGCCGCCGCCGCCGCCGCCGCCCCCGCCGCCCAGACCUAGGGCCGCCCGUGAAGCCACGCUCACGUGCUGAGCAGGUGGUCUUGGAAAGAGCUGGGAGCUCACG